AUGCAGGUGUGUAAAGCAGAGGGUGUGGAUGCGAUGACCAUUGCGAGGGGGACGCCCGGGUUCUCAGGUGCAGACCUUGCAAACCUAGUGAAUGACGCCGCUCUCAAGGCUUCCAGGGAUGGGGCAGAUGCUGUUGGGAUGGAUCACCUCGAGUAUGCCAAGGAUAGGAUCAUCUUGGGCAGCGAGCGCAAGUCGAUGGUGAUAUCUGAUCAAUCCAGGAAGAUGACUGCCUACCACGAGGGUGGGCACGCCCUUGUUGCUAUCCUCACGGACGGGGCUGACCCUGUCCACAAGGCCACCAUUAGGCCCAGGGGAAAUUCUCUUGGCAUGGUGGCGCAGCUGCCGGGGGAAGACAGCGAGCUGGAACUCUCGAGGAAGCAGAUGCUUGCAUCGCUGGAUGUACUCAUGGGGGGCCGGGUUGCUGAGGAGCUUAUAUUUGGAGAGACUGGUAUCACCACCGGUGCCUCAUCUGACCUAAGCAAGGCGACUCAACUGGCGAAAGACAUGGUCACCAGGUAUGGUAUGAGCAAACUGGUAGGCCUUGUUUACUAUGGCAACAACGGCGAUGGUGGUGAUGGUAAGAUGACAGCCCUGGUGUCUGAGGAGGUGAAAGCAUUACUGGACAACGCUCACAAGAAUGCAAAAGCGAUUCUCACGGAGCACACCAAAGAGUUACAUGCGCUAGCCAACGCCCUGUUGAAGCAUGGAACUCUCACUGGUGAAGAUAUGGUGAAACUAGUAUUGACAGGACAAGAACCAGAUGAUCUUAACAUUAGCCAGCAGAAUCAGGAAACACCUUCACUCACUGUUGGUGAGAUCACAAAUCUAGUAUCGACAGAAGAACAAGUAGAUGAUCUUAACAAUUGUCAGCAGGACCAGGGAAAAUCUUCUCUCACUUGUGACAAGAGCACCAAACCAGUAUCGACAGAAGAACAAGGAGAUGGAACUCUCACCGGCAACGAGAUCACGGAACCGGUGUCGACAGACCAACAAGUAGGUGAUGCUAACAAUGGUGAGCAGGUACAGGGAAACACCUUCUUCGCCCUAGCCGUGGAGGCGCUUCCAAGAGUACUUCCGUUCCUGAUACUUCUGUUUGAUGAGCUCGUUCAAGGACCUCUAUGGCCGGAAUCUCGUCGCUGGAUGGGGGGCAGCGCCCAUGGAGGCUUGGAACAGUGGAUGAAAGUCGCUGGCGUCGAGGUCGAGGAUCUCCUCCUCUCUCUAGUUGGUGCCAAUGACCAGGCGUCGGCCACGCCGACGACCCCCCAUCUGCAGGAGGCCGCCGAGGAUGCGAUGCAUUGCCCCGGCGCGCAGCCGUUGGAGCACGGCCGGCCGGGCACAGGAGUUUCAAGUGCGGCAAGGGAGGAAGGGCGUGUUCUUGGUACAGCCAGUGCACCCUACUACAUAAUAGAGAAAGGCCUGCUUAAAAAGCAGCUUCUGCGUACCUGUGGAGCCCUUGUAGUUACUGGCUUUGCAAUCUAUGGCCUUAAGGUUUUGAUUGAUAUGUGCGACGACAAAGAAGUUGGCAAAUUCGAUGCUUUGAAACAAGCGGCUGCGGAUUUAAGCACAAAAUUCAGUGACGUAAAGGGCGUCGACGAAGCCAAGGCUGACCUUGAGGACAUAGUUCUCUACCUACGAGAUCCCAAGAGUUUCACUCGCCUUGGUGGCAAGCUUCCAAAGGGUGUUUUGCUUACCGGCCCACCCGGCACAGGGAAGACCAUGUUGGCAAGGGCUCUGGCCGCAGAAGCCGGCGUCCCUUUCUUUGCAUGUAGUGGCAGUGAUUUCGAGGAGGUGUAUGUGGGUCUUGGGGCUAAGAGAGUGCGGGAGCUCUUUCGUGUAGCAAAGAAGCGAUCUCCUUGCAUAAUAUUCAUCGAUGAGAUUGACGCCGUUGCUGGGCGCAGACACGCAUUAGACCCGUCGUGGCAGAGGCAGACCAUGAACCAGCUGCUUUCUGAGAUGGAUGGCUUCAGGCAGAAUGAAGGGAUCAUUGUGAUCGCCGCGACAAACUUCCCGGAGUCGCUAGAUAAAGCCAUUGUCAGGCCUGGGCGUCUUGACCGUCAAAUCCAUGUUCCUACCCCAGAUGUUGAGGGCCGCCGGCAGAUCCUUGAGGCUUACAUGUCAAAGGUGUGUAAAGCCGAGGGUGUGGAUGCAAUGACCAUUGCGAGGGCGACACCUGGGUUCUCAAGUGCAGACCUUGCAAACCUAGUGAACGAUGCUGCUCUCAAGGAUUCAAGGGAUGGGGCAGAUGCUGUUGGGAUGGAUCACCUCGAGUACGCCAAGGACAGGAUCAUCAUGGGCAGCGAACGCAAGUCAGCGGUGAUAUCUGAUCAUUCGAAGAAAAUGACUGCCUACCAUGAGGGAGGUCACGCCCUUGUUGCUAUCCUCACGGACGGUGCUGACCCUGUCCACAAGGCCACAAUUAUGCCAAGGGGAAAGGCUCUCGGCAUGGUGACACAACUGCCAGGGGAAGACAGCGAACUGGAACUCUCGAGGAAGCAGAUGCUGGCGAGGCUGGAUGUCCUCAUGGGAGGGCGGGUGGCUGAGGAGCUUAUAUUUGGAGAAACCGGGAUCACAACUGGUGCCUCCUCUGACCUAAGCAAGGCUACUAAAUUAGCGAAAGACAUGGUCACCAGAUAUGGCAUGAGCAAGCGGGUCGGCCUUGUUUCCUACAGCAACGACGGUGAUGGUGGUGAUGGCAAGACAACGGCCCUGGUUGAUGAGGAGGUGAAAGAUUUAUUGGAUAACGCUUACAAGAAUGCGAAAACGAUUCUCACGGAGCACAACAAGGAGUUUCAUGCGCUAGCAAACGCCCUGCUGAAGCAUGGAACUCUCACUGGCGACGAGAUCAUCAAACUAGUAUUGACAGAACAACAAGCAGAUGGUCGCAACAAUAGCCAGCAGAAUCAGGUAACACCUUCUCUCACUGGCGACGGGAUCACGGAACCGGUGUCAACACAAGAACAAAUAGGCGAUGCUAAGAAUGGUCAGCAGUAAUUGGAGACGCUUACAAAAGUACUUUUGUUGCUGAUACUUUUGUCGCAAGCACGCAAAAUGUAAAGAGCGAUGUGUACCGUCCGAAUUUCGCUGACUUUAAGUGUUUCUCAAGUGUGAAGAGAAUGUGAUGUUGUAGUAAAGCCUCCUGUUUUGAGCCUCAAGCAUGAAUGUACCCCAAUAUCUCUGUUGGAGCCUCAAGCAUGAAUGCACCGCAAGAUUUCUGUUGGAACUGAAUGGGGUUUCUGUGAAUGAGCGAGUUGUGUGAAAAAUGCAGGUUCACAGCCCUAGCGCAUGAAUUUACCCCAGCUGCAAAACAUAAUAAGAAUAUUCGUGAUUGCUGGACUGUAACCUCUUUUUUUUUUAUGGAUGAUUACUGGAGCCAAAGCCCUGUGUGUGUGAUAUUCUAGCUAAACCUAGCCUUAAAGCGCAAAUUUUAUAGAGGGUUGCUACGCGUCGGCCGGUGGAUCUUCUUAAAAGAUCCGCAGCAGCCGUUAGAUCUCCAUUUUCUUGAUUGCAACAAAGGUGGUAUUGCAGAACCCUUUUUGCAAUAAAGCUCAUGUUGCAGAAACUUUUUGAAACAUAGGCGACGUUGCAGAUUUUUUUUUUCGUCUUCAGUUCCUUGCAACAUGGGUGUUGUUGAAGAAAUUUUUGCAAUAUAGUUGAUUAGAUAUUAUUCUUUAGUAAGUUCAUCCAAUGGAGAUAGGGUGAGGAGAAAGAAAGGAGAAAACUAAAGAGAAAGAUGGACAGUAGAUUGACAGUAUCCGAAUCAAAUAAGAAAAAAAAACAUUGCUAUUUGAUCAAAUCCCAAUUGUGUGGGUGUAAAAUAGAAAAAUCCCGUUUUGGCUUGCGGUGGGCAUAGGACUGAAAAUCA